GUAAAGACAUGAGGGAGGCCCUAGAUUGUGCCAAUGCCCAAAUUUCAGCCUGACUUCGCUCCUGACUGGAAUUAUCUGUUUACUUUACGCCCACUGUGCGAUCUGAAGUGUUGGACGCCUAUGUUUCAUGCCGUGUGGACGUAGUUUGAGAGUUGCUGGUGUGAAGCCGAGCUGCCAGCUCAGCGUGUUUGAGUAGACCUGCUCUGCUCGAUGUGGUACUCUACUGUAAUGUAGCAAUAUAGAACUGAUAAUAACAUUUCGUGCUACCCCACCCGUAACAUAGAGCCGGUAUUUAGAGCCGAAUUCGUAGCAAAUGGCAGUCGGAUAUAAGGGCAAACCGACACUUAGAGGCCCGGCUAAGGGCCAUUCGAGUCGCGGAAAAUUCAUAGUGCCGGCGACCGCCGUGCUGCUAGCAGCUGUCGGCGUGCUUCACUACUACUCUUACGUUAAAGGCCAUCAUGCUACUAACGCGUACAGCGAUAUCGAUGUUGUCAUCCGGCGGGAGCUCGUGGACCAGCGAUCGGACCCUGAAUGCGACGCCGACCCUAGUCCUGCCACGUGUCAACACAUCGACCUCGUUGCCUUCGCUACGGGCCCCCUCUCCCAGCGCCUGGAGACCGUAUGUGUGGCCCAGGCAGUGGCAGCAGUGCACCAGCUGACCUACCGAGUGCUCUGGCUCACAGACGGGCCCCCGGCGAACCAGCAGCAGCAGCAGCGGAUGCGAAUGCCGCAUUUGCCAUUCUCUGCUCUGUUUGAACCAACCCUGACAGUGGUGGAGGCCAACUUCUCCGCUGCCGAUGCUACGCGGAGAUUCAUUCACGAGCUGUUCACGCCCAAGGCACACCACUACGGCCCAUGCUUCCGAGACACAUGGGAGAGAAUCAAAAGGGCAUCGGCCCGCAAGGUCGCCUUCUCCCAGACGUCAUCACCUGACACCGACGCAGACGCCAAUGCCGACGCUGAUGCAGACUCUGACUCAGACUCGGAUACAGAGAGUGGGGCAGGUAACGGAGCGCGCAGUAAAGCAAACGAGGAUGCUUAUGGCGAGGAUGAGGCGGUGCCUGUGUCGCUGUGGACUGGCGAGCUGGACAGCCAUGAGGUGGAGGAGCGGCCCCUGGGAUUGCCGAGGAAGCUGGCUCUGCACGGGUGGUUCCAGGCGGAUGCUCUGCAGCGCAGCAGCGUGGAGGACUGGCAGGAGGAGCGGGUGGGGUGCCUCGUGUGGGCGCACGUGCAGCGCUGCUAUGCGCGGCUGCAGCCGUCCCCUGCUGUGGGGGCGAUGGUGCGGGAGGAGGCCAACCAGACACGUGUGGAAAACAGCAUCGGAGUUUACCUGGAUGCCACCCCACGCCACACCUGCUCCGGCUGUCCCUCCAAUCUCAACCCUGCGGAUUGUGUUGCCCGCACCCUCGCCCUCACCAUGCUGCACCGCCCCUCCAUCGACUUCACCAUUGCCGCUGCCAUCCCCUCCCACCUGCCCCACAUCGUCUCUUACUUCGAUGCCGACCGCUCGCCGGCCGUCUCGCCGUCCGCCGCGUUCCGGACUGCAAACUGCGGGGAAAAGCUGGUGCGGGCGAUGGGGGAUAAAGGGGAGGGGGGCGCUGAGCGGUUGGCUGCGAUGGUGGUGACAUGCAAGCAGCGAGAGGUGGCCGACCUCUUCCUACUUUCACAAACCACCGGGCUUGUGGUCAUGGAGCCAACCACCCUGGCUGACUUCAUCGCAGCAAGAGCCAAGCACCGCCGGCCGUCCUUCCGCCUCUUCACCCCGCUUUGCCUGGCGGAGCGCGCUUGGCCCAUGACCGUGCAGCCUUUCGCCUACUUCUUUGCUGUGGAACCAACCCUUGGCAUUGCUUAUUGCAGCAUGCCCAAGGUCGCCUGCACGGGUUGGAAGAUGUGGCUGCGAGCAAUGCUCGGCCUGCCGAAACCCCGGGACCCCUUCCUGGCGCACAGCCACAAGCAGAGCGGGCUGGGGGACCUUUCUCAGAAAUACUCCGAGAAGCAAGCGACCAAGCUCAUGACCCGGCGCUCCAUGUUCAAAUUCACAUUCGUGCGCAACCCAUACGUGCGGAUCGCGUCGACUUAUCUGAAUAAGCUGGUGAUCACAGACGCGCCGGAGCGGAAAGACGGGUGGGGCACGAGGAAGUUUUGGAAUCAGGAGUUUUUUGGGACGGCCAAGAGGAUUCUGGAUCUGCUGAAGGACCCGGCCACUGACCUCGUGAGCUUCCCCGAUUUCAUUCGGCUGUUGGAUCACUUGAGGCGGACGCAUGUGAAGACGGACCGACACAUCUCAAGACAGGUGGACAUAUGUGGCUUGGCCCAUGUCCAGUAUGACUUUGUGGGCCGCUUUGAGCACCUGGAGGAGGAUGUGAGGCGGGUGACGGCACGGUUCAACGACUCGCAUCUCGACAUCUUCAACUUCGGCAAGUCGGUGCAUGCAACAAACUCAGAGGCACAGCUCGCUCGACUCUACGACAGGGACACGGUGCUCACAGUCUCUCGCAUCUUCAAGAGCGAUCUCGACGUUCCCCUCAACAACAUCACAUACGACAUGCCGGAUAUUCUGCGAAAGCUGGUAGAAGGUGGAUCAAGCGGUGCAACCAGCGUGCAAUAACACAGGCUUCAAUCAGCAUCUCCCUCAAAAUUCCACUACGCAUUUCCCUCUGUCACGUCUGACACACAGGAUUUAUGAUGGGGAUUGGUGGAAGGUGGUUCAACCAGUGACAUCAGUGUAAUAAUGAGAGCGGUAUUGUGCAUUCCUCUCGAAUCACAUUUGACUUGGCAAAUGCUGUGCACAAUUUGGUGAUAAGGAGGUUCAAGCAACAACAUUUGUG